GCAUAUUUGAUUUAAUUUUAGUUCAAGUCCGUUUUUGGAGCGCCUUUUAGAUAAAAAAUCGAAGUUUUGUGCCCGAGAAAAGAAAACGACUUCUUUAAACAUGAGCGAUUUGGCUAAACAAAGAUCUGUGACUGCCAACCCGAAUAGAGAAACAUGUGCCAUUUGUCUAGAGGAGAAGCAGAACCCGUUCUUCGUGAAGUGCGGACACUCUUUCUGCAAGCCGUGCUACGAGCUCUUUGAGAAGUCAACUCGGCAUACUAUUCAACUUCGUUGUCCUCUGUGCCGCAUCGUCUUGAGCGAACCUUCUCUAGAGGAUAUUUUUUUUGCACAGGCGCCGGUUAACUACGAUAUUUUUCAGGAUCUUUUCGCCUCGGCCAACUUCUACCCCAUGCCGACCUUUCCCGAUAUACCUAACAUGUUUCCUCCGCCGUUUGCUACGCCGUUCGCUACGCCGUUCGCUCCGCCAGUCGCUCCGCCAGUGGCUCCGCCAGUCGCUCCUCCGGAGGCUGAGCACGAUAAUGAUGCCGAUGAUGAGCCGAAUGUAGGAGCAGGCGCCUAA